GCGCUAAGCGGAUCGGCUGACCCGGGACCCAGCAGUGAGGGACUCGCGGGCGGAGGCCCCUGCGGUGAAAGACCGGCGGGCGGAGGUCCUGGUGCUGAGGGUACGCGGAGGAACCGGCGGGAGGAGGCCUCAGCGCUGAGGGACCAGCGGAAGAGGCUCCGGCGCUCUCAGCCCGGAGGUGCAGGUCACAAUCUCCGAGAACUUUCCUCCGCCGGUGACCGGCGGCAGGAAUGACCACAGAUGGAACUCCCCGCAGGGACCCGCCUCGCAGCCCUCCGCGGCCUCCUGUCAGAAUCUGACCGGCGGUCAUCCCGUUAGGACUUCCCGUCGGCUGCUGGGGUGCUCAGAACCGAGAUUUUCAGGGGCGGGGGAGUCAAUUCUAAAGGCGGUGUGAACCUUUGGCUUACAUGUCUUUUCACUAACGUCUCCCUGAUUUUACCUCUGGGUCAGGUAAUAUCUUUAUUUUCCUGACGUGCUUACGGAAACCCUGGUGGCGUAGUGGUUAAGAGCUACGGCUACUGACCGCUGUCGAUCAGCAGUUCGAAUCCACCACACGCUCUUUGGUAAACCAUAUGGGCAAUUCUGCCCUCUUCUUUAGGGUCACUAUGAGUCGGAAUCGACUCGACUGCAACGGGUUUGUUUUCUGGUUCUUGAACACAAUCUUCAUGAAUGUGAUUUUGAUACAUUUUAUUGAGUAAGUUUACACAGAUCAUUUCCAUUUUAUUAACUUUUAGGUUGCUUCCAAAUGUUCACUAUUUUAGAUAACACCAUAAAGAUUAUAGUUGCAUAAGGGUUUAUUUUUAUUAACGAUUAUUUACUUAGGCUGUAUGCCCCAGAAGUGGAUUUUACUGGCUUGGGGAAAAGAAAUAUGAUACUUCCCAGAUGUUUAUUGAAAAUACUUAGUUUUAGUACGUUCAGAUACUUAAUUUUGUUAUUCUAUGGUUACCACAGGCCCCUUAAUAUUAAGUUACGAGCCAUAUGUUUUUUGGCGUUUCUUUACUGCCUGUCAUAAUUUUGUAUCUUUACAAUUGAAAGAAGUAUUUACUUAAAAACAUAUUAAAAUUUUAAGAAAUUGAAUUAAAUUCCUUUUUUCUUAUGUGCUCUGUGAUGAAUGUUUUUUAAUGAGUAUGUAUCACUUCUGGCAAUCCCAGAGAAAUGAGCUAAAAGCUCUCACGAUUCUGCUCUGAAAAUGCUCAACCUAGUGUAGGUACUUGGAGUCGUCGGGUAGUGCCGAUGGUUAAGGAGCUUAGCUGCUCACUGAAAAGUUGGAGGUUCCAGUCCAUCCAGAGGUGCCUCAGAAGAAGGGCCUGGCAGUCUACUUCUGAAAAAAUCAGCUAUUGAAAACGCUGUGGAUCACAGUUCUACUGACACUCCUGGGAUCACCGCGAGUUGGAGUUAGCUUGACAGCAACUGGUGGGUAUAUCUCAAUGAAUAACUUAAAUGACCCUCCAAAUUGGAAUAUCCGGCCCAAUUCCCGGGCUGAAGGGGGUGAUGGAAGCAGAUGGAAUUAUGCCCUAUUGGUUCCGAUGCUGGGAUUGGCUGCUUUUCGUUGGAUUUGGUCUAGGGAGUCCCAAAAAGAAAUAGAAAAGGAGAGAGAAGUAUUCCAUCAGAGAACAGCUGCUUUCCAACGGGAUCUUGAGGCCAAGUACCAUGCGAUUAUCUCAGAAAACCGCCGUGCCGUCGCACAGCUGUCUUUGGAACUUGAAAAGGAACAAAACAGAACAGCUAGUUAUCGGGAAGCCCUUAUCUCUCAGGGCCGCAAGUUGGUAGAAGAAAAGAAGCUUCUGGAACAGGAACGGGCUCGGGUCAUGCAAGAAAAGAGGCAGUUGCAGCCCUUGAGAAGUGCAUACCAGAGCUGCCUGGAAAGGGAAGAAGACUGGCAGAGGAGAGCCAGGCUGCUGCUGAAGGAGUUUGAAGAUGCUCUGACAGAGAGACAGAACAUCUACUGCAGCCUGGUCCUCCCUCGCAGCAAGCGGCUGGAAAUAGAGAAGAGCCUGCUGGUCCGUGCGUCUGUUGACCCGGUUGCUGCUGACCUGGAGAUGGUGACCGGUCUAACUGACAUAUUUAGACACGACACAUACUGUGGGGAUGUCUGGAACACCAACAAACGCCAGAAUGGGAGGCUCAUGUGGCUGUACCUCAAGUAUUGGGAGCUGAUUGUCGAACUGAAAAAGUUUAAGAGAGUAGAGAAAGCCAUACUGGAAAAGUGAGACAAAAAUGGAAUGGAACUUCUGUUAAUGACUGAAGGCCAUUUGGGGGUAUCCAGAGUGUCCUCCGUUUCUUCAGCAGUGUGUCUUCCCUGUUAGGCCUCUUCAGCUAGUGAGGGUACAGUUUCUUUGGAGAAUUUUUUAAGCUGUCAGUAUUUUAUUUAGUUGAACUAUAAUCUCCUGUUUUAGUUCUGGGGUAAAAGUUGUUUUUUAAAAAAGUAAAAUACAGUGUUGAUCUCAACAUAAGUACUUUUUUGGUCUGUUUUUAUCACUCCCUAAAUAAAUUAUGUUUCUUCCUUGAAUUAUUUUUCUAUCUCCCAAAGUUACACUUAGAAACUGUCAGAUUAUGGAUAAAACGGCCCAACAGAUGGUAAUAAAAAGUAGGAACAUUAUAUUGUCAAGGUUUUAUAUGGUUUUGAAGAUCUCUCCCACUCCUCCAAAGGAAAAGCAAACAAAAAUCAAAACCCACCAAGUGUUUUUGUAUGCAGUUGGUACCCUGUAGUAUCUGUUUGGAAUUUGGCUAUGUCUGUGUUUGAUAUACAGAUAGUUAUCAGCAAUGAUGUAUAAUAAAGAAUGCUUGCCCGUUAAAAGUAAUAAUGCCAUUUUUAUUUAUAUGAUUAUUUACUCAUUACAAAAUUUUUUAUAAAUACAUUGUCUUGGUUUUUACCACAAACUGAAAGGGAGGCAGGGCACUUACGACCCCAUUUCUCGUGGAACCAGAAUAAACGAGCCUUUACUAUGUGCUUUUUGCGUCUGCUCUUGAGGUGGUACUCCCUCACAAUCCCACAUGAUGAGCACUCCCAGUGUCCUCAUUUUACAGGUGAGGGAGCUGCUACUGGGGUACACAAAAGUGGAGUAACCUGCCAGGGUCACACAGGUGGUCACGUUGGAGCCGAUGUGAACCCAGGCACUUUAGUUUCAUAACUGUUAGCAAUUUGUAUACAGUUAUUUAGUAAGUGGCCAAGCAGGGCCUGGAGCGAGGUUAGCCAACUGCUUUCAAAUCUUGUGUUCUCCCAUUCUGCCAGUCUGUCUAUACUGGAAUAAGAUGAGCUAUUAAAAAUACUAAGCUUAUCGAAAACUUAGUUCAAUUCAGGGUAAUAGUUAUAACCAUCAGAGCUACUCUUGGUUAAGUACAUACUGUGCUGAGUCUUACAUAAUUUGUAUUGUAUGCACAUGUUGUUUUCAGUCCUCAGA